CGGACACUAAACAAAUGUCCACUGGUUUGAUGUCGGGGCUACGUAACAGAUAACUGUGACAUGUCAGCGGGAUUUAAUAGAUAACUCCAUGAAAUUUUAAACCAUGUGGCUCAAACCUGAAGAGAUUCUGCUGAAAAACGCCUUCAAGUUAUGGGUCACCGAGAAGGAUAACGAGUAUUUCGUGCUGCAAAGGAGACGGGGGUACGGAGAAGGUGGAGGCGGUUUGACAGGGCUCCUUGUUGGAACUUUAGAUACCGUCUUAGACUCCACAUCUAAAGUUGCUCCUUUCCGGAUUCUGCACCACACACCAGACUCCCAAGUGUACUGGUCGAUAGCAUGUGGUGUCACCAAAGAGGAGAUAGUACAGCACUGGGACUGGCUGCAGCAGAACAUCAUGAGGACGCUCUCUGUUUUUGACUCCAGUGAAGACAUCACCAGCUUUGUACAGGGCAAGAUCAGAGGUCUGAUUGCUGAGGAAGGAAAGUCAUCCCUGGUGCUGGAGGAUGAUCCUGAGAAGUUCAGAGAGGCACUUCUGAGGUUUGAGAAAUGGUUUGAGCUGCCGCAAGAGGAAAAACUGGUCACAUAUUACUCAUGCAGCUACUGGAAGGGCAAAGUGCCGUGCCAGGGCUGGCUCUACCUCAGCACCAACUUCCUGUGCUUUUAUUCAUACUUGCUGGGAUCUGAGGUGAAACUGGUCAUCUCCUGGGAUGAGAUCUGGAGGCUAGAGAAAACCUCGAAUGUUAUCCUGACUGAGAGUGUCCAUGUCUUGGCUCAUGGGGAGGAUCACUACUUCUCCAUGCUGCUGCACCUGAAUGAAACGUUUGUCAUCAUGGAACAGCUGGCUGACUACUCCAUCAAGCGCCUUUUCGAUAAAGAGGCCUUCCAGAGAGAGCCAGCGCUCUCUGACCCUCUGCAAAUUACCAAGAGAGGCCUGGAAGCUCAUGCAAAGAGCGAGCAGUUUCGGAUGUUUUUUAGGCUCCCAAAAGAAGAAAAUCUCUUAGAGGUGCAUGAAAGCUUUCUGUGGGUUCCCUUCAGUCAUUUCAACACACUUGGCAAAAUCUGUCUGUCCGAGAACUACCUGUGUUUUGCCAGCCAAGAUGGCAGCCAGUGCCAUAUCAUUAUUCCAAUGCGAGAGGUAGUAAAUGUUGAAAAGCCAGAUGCCAGCAGCAGGGCUUUAACAGUGUGUGUGCGUGGAAAGAGGGCGCUGCGUUUCUCAGAAGUGCGGGACUAUCAGCGGCUCGCCAACACGAUUCGCAGCAGGUGUGGCAUCAGUCCAAGUCCUCAGCACUCAGCCUCAUCAGAGGCUAUAAGAGGCGAGUGCCAGUCACUCAUCAACCACUUUGAGGACAACCCAGAGGACGUCACACUCAUGGUGGGACAGAAAGACAGCAGCAAGGCCGUGAGCACAGAGGCACUUAUGACAGUUUUCCACCCACAGGAUGUUGAAAACCUUGACCCAAAAAUGCUGAAAGAAAAGAUGAAGGAGCAGUCUUGGAACAUACAUUUCUCUGAAUACGGACGUGGCACUAGUAUGUUCUUCACCAGAAAGACACGAGACCUGAUCGUCCGUGGCGUUCCUGAGGCCUUGAGAGGAGAGCUGUGGAUGCUGUUCUCAGGAGCUGUGAAUGACAUGGCCACUCACCCCGGCUAUUACAGCGAGCUGGUUGAACAGUCCCUAGGCACGAGCACUUUGGCUACCGAUGAGAUUGAGAGAGACUUACACCGUUCACUGCCAGAGCACCCCGCCUUUCAGAGCGACACAGGAAUCUCAGCUCUGCGAAGAGUCCUCACUGCCUAUGCAUACAGGAACCCAAAAAUUGGAUACUGCCAGGCCAUGAACAUUCUCACCUCUGUGCUCCUGCUCUACGCUAAAGAAGAGGAGGCUUUCUGGCUCCUUGUGGCCGUGUGUGAGAGGAUGCUGCCGGAUUACUUUAAUAGGAGAAUUAUUGGUGCUUUGGUUGAUCAGGCGGUUUUCGAGGAUCUCAUUCGAGAAAAUCUUCCUCAGCUGGUGGAGCACAUGACAGACCUGAGCUUCUUCUCUUCCGUGUCCUUGUCCUGGUUCCUGACUCUCUUCAUCAGCGUCCUGCCUAUAGAGAGCGCUGUGAAUGUGGUCGACUGUUUCUUCUACGAUGGCAUUAAAGCAAUUCUGCAGCUCGGCCUGGCUGUUCUUGACUACAAUAUGGAUGCUCUGAUCAGCUGCCAUGAUGAUGCAGAGGCCGUUACAAUCCUGAACAAAUUCUUUGACAGUGUGACAAACAAAGACAGUCCACUGCCUCCAACAGUGCAGCAAGCUCCAGUGAGCAACAACGAUAAAGCAUCUCAUGCAAAUGUGGACAUCAGUGAACUGAUCAGAGAGGCUUAUGAGAAAUAUGGAAACAUUCGAACAGAGGAAGUGGAGAGUUCACGUAAAAGAAACAAACUGUAUGUGAUCCAGACGCUGGAGGAUACAACCAAACAAAAUGUUAUUCGAGUGGUGUCGCAAGAAGUAAGACUCAGCACUCCACAGCUUGAUGAGCUGUAUAACUUGUUCAAACGGCAGCAUUUCCUCAGCUGCUACUGGACGAUUAAGAGUCCGGCGCUGCUUCAUCAUGACCCCAGCCUGGCCUAUUUGGAGCAGUACCAGCUGGGUUUCCAACAGUUCAGCACACUCUUCUCCCUGCUAGAGCCCUGGGCUUUCUGCACCACCAAGAGCACCCUCUCUUUGUGGAUUUUCCGCCUCAUAGACGAGAAUCAGGACGGCCUUAUCAACUUUAAAGAGUUCUGCUGUGCCCUGGAUACUUUGUACAGCGGUUCUUUCACAAACAAGCUGAAGUUCCUCUUCAAGCUGCACUUACCACCAGAUCAAGUUCCAUAUUAACAAAGGAGCCCUUCUUUGAUAUUACCUGACCAACUCUCUCAUCAUUCGAACUUGUAAGUCCAUGUAUAGUUUCUGCCUUAAUUUCCUGUAAGGAUGCCAGAAUUCCCUCCCAGAGCUGCUGUUUUGAGGUAAACUGCCGUCCAUCCUCAUAGAGCUUCCUUUUAAGGACGCUACACAGGCUCUCAGUUGGGUUGUGGACAUGGAAUGAUGUUGGACACACCAUGAUUUUUUGGGGGAUUUUUUUGCAGUAUGGGAUGGUGCGUUGUUUUGCAUGAAAAUGAUUUUACUCUGGAAGGCACAGUUCUUUUUACACCAUGGUUUAAUUCACAUUGUAUUUGCAUAAUAAUUUGUAACACAGUGUAGAGCGUGGCUUCUGCAGACCCUUAAAAAGUUUUUAUUGGACUUUAUAAAUUUAAGGCCAUAAAAAUAUUUUAAAGUCUUUAUUAGUGAGUGGUAUUAAAUGUUGGAAGGUACUUGGUAGUCUUGAAUUUGAUUCUUAAAGUGUGUAGGAUUCUUGGUAGAGGAUUUUAAAAAGAUAAGGCUUGUAGAUUCAGUAACAUCUUUUCAAUCACUCUUUUAAACUAAUUUUUUACAGACUUGUUUUUAUGUGAUUUUUCAUUUGGCGAUGUAUUUAUUUAUUCUAUCUUUCUUCCUUUAUUUUACUGCUGCUCUUACUCUGUUUAUCCAUGUCUUAUCCUUUGGAUGCUAUGUCUCAACACAUUCUCUUCUGUAGUACAAAAAAAUUGCAUUGAAUUUUGUUCUGAUCUUGAAUAUCAGUAACAGAUCUUAUAACAGACACUAACUGAACAACACAGUGAUCUUCAAGCUUAGCUUUGAAAGUAGCACAAAUCUAUCAGGCAGAUAUAAUGACACUAACAGCUCAUAAGGGUAAUUGUUUAAUCCUGUAGUGCAAAUUAACACAUGCAUGCAUACACUUAAAUGCACACUCACACACUCACAUUCAUUGGUGGGAGAUGAAGCAUAUAGCACUGUCGCACAACUCACAUAACAUACAUGCAAGGGGGGUUACAAGUGGAAUAAGCAAUUUUAUUGCAUAAUACAUUGCAUAUAUUAUUUGAAAACUACAAAAAGGCAGAGUGAUGUAUAAAUGCUAUAUUUUUUGCCUCAAAUAUAAUGUGUAAAGGCAUACAUUUGAAGGUGACCUUUUCUGCUAAAUAUCUCUUUUCUUUGUGUCAGUAUAGGGCACCUAUAGAGUAGCUUUGAAUGGUUUGCAGCUCAGAAAACAUAUCCAUCGUAGUCUGACAUCCAUGAAAACCCUGCAAUUCAGGCUCAGCCUAGUUUUGAAUGCUGUCUUCAAGAGCCUCCUCUGACUGAUUGGUGUGACUGCUUACCUCUGAUUGGCCAUCUCUCUGGAAUCCUUCCACUGCUAGAUAGCUCUUAUCAUUUAAAUUGUGAACUUUACAGGUGAGGGGGAAUUUGACAGAGCUGCUUGACUGGCUGUUCUAGAUAGGGAGAACAUUAAGUCAGAGAGGUAAUGACGUGAUGUCAGGCUGGGGUAAUUCUCAGAACCUGGUAUUUAGGGAAGUAGGAAAACAAAUCCAAGGGUCACAAACUUAUAUUGGUCUUCUUAUAAUAGGGUAAAGUCUUCAUUAUAAAAUUAAUGAUUACCGCUGGUCUAUAAUAAUAGGCAGCACCAGAGAGUACGGUCUAGACCUGACCUCUUGGUAAAGUGUCUUAAGAUAACUUUGGUUAUGAAUUGGCACUAUACAAACAUUGAUUGAUUGAUUUUUUUUGACUGAUUGAUUGACUGACUGAUUAUGUUGUAUAGCUCAACCCGUAGUACAGUGAUGUCCCAUUAACAUGGCUGGUUUUAUACGGCAACAGAACUGUGAAGUCCACUGAUAAGAGAUUAAAUAAAUUAGCCUUUGUUAAUUAACAUGAUUUCUGUUUGGUUCAGUACUGCAGUUAUUUCCCUGAAUACUUCAUGCAGUGACCAUAACUGACAUUUAAACAGUUUAUAUGACAUAAUAUGAAAGUAGACAGCUGUACCAAUAAUAAAGAGAAACAGCUGAUCUGAGGCUUCAUAUUAACAAAACCGUUUGAUGUUAAUUCAGUUUCACAUCUUACACUGAUGAAUCAGGCUGAAGUUUUUGCUUGGAAUCUGCUUUUUGUACUAAAAAAUAGGUCCAUAUCCAGUAUCCAGUAGAUGAUCACAAAUCAGUGUCAUCAGUACGGUUGUCCAAUUCCGAUACCAGUAUCGGUAAUGCGUCCGAUACUGCUUAAAAUGCAGGUAUUGGUUCGGCGAGUACACAAGUUUAUGCACAAUUUUGAUACUGUUUGGUUUAGCUUUAUAUUUUACUUUGUUUAGCCAUGCUAAAUGUUAUAAACCGGGCUAUAAACCGGGAAUCAUUUCUUCUUCGCUGCCAAAAGCACAUCAUGCAUGGGAAACUGUUCUUAAAGCACUGAAGAAGAACUAAAGGACCCACUGCAGCAGCAAAAAAUGGUGGCUGUGUGACAGUUAUUCUCUGAAUGUGAUCUUAAAAAUGCCUUUCAGACCGUUGCUGUCGAACAAAACAGUAAGUAACACAAUUUAUCAAAAGUUAAAUAACUUUUGAACUAUAAAUCGUUGCCUCUUGCUUGUUUUUCCUCUUGAAGCUAGCCAUUCCCACUGACGCUGUUGAUGCCUUUGAAUCCCAUGUGGUAGCAUUUUCAGUGAGCCUUGAACUCCUGUGACUUUUGGGGACUUAUGAUUAAAUCCACACCUGUAAACUCGAUAUUGAAUGUCUUUGUUUUCCUUUUAAUCUAAUUGCAGUCAUUUAUAACUGCUAACUCCAAUGCUAACCACCAUAUUUUUUACUCUUUGUGAGGGUCUAUCAGCCAGUUGCAGGCUGUUUUGUAAUCACGUGAUGCUGCUGGUAUAGAGCAUAAAGGAGAGAGAGAUAGAGAGAGCCUGUAAUGCAGCCCCCUGUAUUAUUGUUAUUUUAAUGUUUAGGAGUAAAACUCAAUAAUCAGCAGAAAAACAACUUUAGGAUCACAGAGAUGCUGAACAUAUGAUUUUAUUUAAAGAGCCAUGAUCUGAGUCAAAUAAAGGUCUAAAAUAAUUUAUUAGUCUGCUGCUUUGUUAGUCAGUCUAGAAAGUUCCCUCUGGUAUUGGAUCAGUACUCACUAUCAGCUGAUACCCAACACCUUGGUAUUGGAAUCGUAUCAGGAAGGAAAAAUGGUAUCGGAACAUCCUAGUCAUCAGUCCAGCGUGUCUUUAGGGAACGGUAUGGAUCUCUGUAAAGUACAAAUAUUCCUAAUAUAAGUCGAUAUUAGUUUGUCUCUCCCCCCUUUUCAUCCGUUUCCCAGUGAGCAGACAGCUGUAUUUCAGACUGUUUUGCCACUCAGCCCAGCUGAGCAGUUGCACUGAAAGUGAUGUCAAUGCAUACCUUCUAGACCAGUGGUUCUCAAGUGGUGGGUCAGGACCCAAAAGUGGGCUGUGAAGCUGUUUCCAGUGGGUGGCUAAUGUGUGUGCCAGAAAAAAAUACAAGGUAAAAAGUUUAUGAUGUAUAAAAGCCCUAAGUGGACACACUGUAUAGUACAUCUGUACGUUUUUCUUUGGUUUCUUGUGAUGAGAAGGAAAUUUCAUAUUUUUUUUUCAAGAUUUCAACUUAUUUAACUCCUUUCCUGGAUAACACAGCUGUUUUUCCCAAGAUCGUUUGGAAAUUCCUCGAGAAAUUACUACAUUUCCAUGAUUUCUUAGGAAAAGUUGAGUAAAAUAAAAUGUAUGCACAAUUAACCAGUUAUGAUGUGCUUAAUUAGCUCACCCUAACCCAUCUCUUUUGUUCCGUUUAUGGUCCAAACUGUAACAUUUUUAUAAAACAUUUAAGUGGCUGGAUGUUUGAAAGAAUGAGAGUUGCGAUUUCUUGUAAGGAGUUGGUGGUGAAUCUUUGCAUGGCCAGUUGAGAACCACUGCUCUAAAGGUCUCCUUUAAAUGAAAGUCCAAUACACUGACAACCUUAUCUACUGAAUCAUUAACACACUGUCAGCACUCACAAAGACUCAAACUACAGCAGGAGAGCUAGAUAGGAUUUCAUCAGAUUGUAUUUAAUAACCUGAUAUCUCUCUGUAUGUUAGCAUGUACUGUAUGUUACUAAUUUCAUCUCCUUUGCUUCUGUGGAUCCUCGGCCUCUUCAUCUUU